AUGAAAAAAGCACAGACUCCCACAGUCUUUGAACGCAGCACAGACAACGACAGCAGUUUGAGCAGAAAGAUCCAUAAACAAACAACAAAACCCGCUUCGCGAUGUCGUCUCCAGUCCCAGAAAACCCUGCAGCUGGUUCCAACAGACGCCUGCAGCAAACACAGGCCCAGGUCGACGAGGUGCCUCAUACACACAGGUGCCUCAUACACAGGUGCUUCAUUCACAGGUGCUUCAUUCACAGGUACCUCAUACACACAGGUGCCUCAUAAACAGGUGCUUCAUACACAGGUGCUUCAUACACAGGUGCCUCAUACACAGGUGCCUCUACUAACUCUGCCCAUCUUCUGUAACUGCUCCACCCUUCUAACUCCGCCCAUCUUCUAUAACUGCUCCACCCUUCUAACUCCUCCCAUCUUCAAUAACUGCUCCACACUUCUAACUCCGCCCAUCUUCAAUAACUGCUCCACUCAUCUAACUCCGCCCAUCUUCUAUAACUGCUCCACCCUUCUAACUCCGCCCAUCUUCUAUAACUGCUCCACCCUUCUAACUCCGCCCAUCUCCUGUAACUGCUCCACACUUCUAACUCCGCCCAUCUUCUAUAGCUGCUCCACACUUCUAACUCCGCCCAUCUUCUAUAACUGCUCCACCCUUCUAACUCCGCCCAUCUUCUAUAACUGCUCCACCCUUCUAACUCCGCCCAUCUUCUAUAACUGCUCCACCCUUCUAACUCCGCCCAUCUUCUGUAACUGCUCUACCCUUCUAACUCUGCCCAUCUUCUGUAACUGCUCCAACCUUCUAACUCCGCCCAUCUUCUAUAGCUGCUCCACCCUUCUAACUCCGCCCAUCUUCUGUAACUGCUCCACACUUCCAACUCCGCCCAUCUUCUGUAACUGCUCCACACUUCUAACUCCGCCCAUCUUCUGUAACUGCUCCACCCUUCUAACUCCGCCCAUCUUCAAUAACUGCUCCACUCAUCUAACUCCGCCCAUCUUCUAUAACUGCUCCACCCUUCUAACUCCGCCCAUCUUCUAUAACUGGUCCACCCUUCUAACUCCGCCCAUCUUCUGUAACUGCUCCACACUUCUAACUCCGCCCAUCUUCAAUAACUGCUCCACCCUUCUAACUCCGUCCAUCUUCUAUAACUGCUCCACCCUUCUAACUCCACCCAUCUUCUGUAACUGCUCCACCCUUCUAACUCCGCCCAUCUUCUAUAGCUGCUCCACACUUCUAACUCCGCCCAUCUUCUAUAACUGCUCCACCCUUCUAACUCCGCCCAUCUUCUAUAACUGCUCCACCCUUCUAACUCCGCCCAUCUUCUAUAACUGCUCCACCCUUCUAACUCCGCCCAUCUUCUAUAACUGCUCCACCCUUCUAACUCCGCCCAUCUUCUGUAACUGCUCCACCCUUCUAACUCCGCCCAUCUUCUAUAACUGGUCCACCCUUCUAACUCCGCCUAUCUUCUGUAACUGCUCUACCCUUCUAACUCUGCCCAUCUUCUGUAACUGCUCCACCCUUCUAACUCCGCCCAUCUUCUGUAACUGCUCCACCCUUCUAACUCCGCCCAUCUUCUAUAGCUGCUCCACACUUCUAACUCUGCCCAUUUUCUGUAACUGCUCCACCCUGCUAACUCCGCCCAUCUUCUGUAACUGCUCCACACUUCUAACUCCGCCCAUCUUCUGUAACUGCUCCACCCUUUUAACUCCGCCCAUCUUCUAUAGCUGCUCCACCCUUCUGACUCCGCCCAUCUUCUAUAGCUGCUCCACCCUUCUAACUCCGCCCAUCUUCUGUAGCUGCUCCACCCUUCUAACUCCGCCCAUCUUCUGUAACUGCUCCACCCUUCUAACUCCGCCCAUCUUCUGUAACUGCUCCACCCUUCUAACUCCGCCCAUCUUCUGUAACUGCUCCACCCUUCUAACUCCGCCCAUCUUCUGUAACUGCUCCACCCUUCUAACUCCGCCCAUCUUCUGUAACUGCUCCACCCUUCUAACUCCGCUCAUCUUCUGUAACUGCUCCACCCUUCUAACUCCGCUCAUCUUCUGUAACUGCUCCACACUUCUAACUCCGCCCAUCUUCUGUAACUGCUCCACCCUUCUAACUCCGCCCAUCUUCUAUAGCUGCUCCACCCUUCUAACUCCGCCCAUCUUCUGUAGCUGCUCCACCCUUCUAACUCCGCCCAUCUUCUGUAACUGCUCCACCCUUCUAACUCCGCCCAUCUUCUGUAACUGCUCCACCCUUCUAACUCCGCCCAUCUUCUGUAACUGCUCCACCCUUCUAACUCCGCCCAUCUUCUGUAACUGCUCCACCCUUCUAACUCCGCCCAUCUUCUGUAACUGCUCCACAACACUUCUAACUCCGCCCAUCCAGGGUCUUUAA